GGCCUAGGUAGGAGCUCUAUGGCGGCUUUCCUCACGUUAGAAUCUGUUCUCAAUCUGAGUUUUAAACAUGCCAUCCGGUUUUUCCGGCUUUGUUUCUCCUUAACCACAUGCGCUGUGUUGCCUGGGAUGUAUUAAUCUGGGUCGAUUUCCGUUCUUUGUAGAUGAUAUUGAGGUUCUUUUUAACACUUGGCCAUUGCAGUUACUGGUUAGUUCUAACAGAGCCAGAGGCUGUUACCGCUUCCACAGAGCUAUAGAAGCGCGGCUAUAAGAAGCUCCAGUCAGACUGAUAUUUUAUUAGAGCAGGCUUAAACUAUAGUUUUACUGCGCGCUUUAGUUACUGGCACUGCCUGCUUUCCGUAGGAGCUGCUCUUAGUCUCUACAGCGUGUAUGUGACAGGUGCACAAUGGGACGUGUAAUCAGGGGACAGAGAAAAGGUGCAGGCUCUGUUUUUAAAGCCCACGUCAAACACAGAAAAGGUGCCGCUAAGCUUCGGGCUGUCGACUUCGCUGAAAGACAUGGCUACAUCAAGGGUAUUGUGAAAGACAUUAUCCAUGAUCCAGGCCGUGGUGCUCCUCUUGCCAAGGUUGCUUUCCGUGACCCAUACAGGUUUAAAAAGAGGACAGAAUUGUUUGUUGCAGCUGAGGGAAUCCAUACCGGACAGUUUGUGUACUGUGGCAAGAAAGCUCAGUUGAACAUUGGCAAUGUACUCCCUGUUGGCACCAUGCCUGAAGGUACCAUAGUUUGUUGUGUGGAGGAGAAACCAGGUGAUCGUGGCAAACUUGCCCGUGCCUCUGGUAACUACGCCACCGUUAUCUCCCACAAUCCUGAAACAAAGAAAACUAGAGUGAAGUUGCCUUCUGGCUCCAAGAAGGUCAUCUCAUCUGCAAACAGAGCUAUUGUUGGGGUUGUUGCUGGUGGUGGUCGUAUUGACAAACCCAUCCUGAAGGCAGGACGUGCAUACCAUAAAUACAAGGCAAAGAGAAACUGCUGGCCACGUGUCCGUGGUGUGGCUAUGAAUCCUGUAGAACAUCCCUUCGGUGGUGGUAACCACCAACAUAUUGGUAAGCCCUCAACCAUCAGGAGAGAUGCCCCAGCUGGUCGCAAAGUUGGUCUUAUUGCUGCCCGUCGUACCGGUCGUCUGCGUGGUACAAAGACAGUGCAGGAAAAGGAGAACUAAAGCUCGUCUAUCUGAUAACUUCCAAAUAAAUUGUAAAAAAAAAAACUCCAUAAA